AUGAAACCCCACUACCCAAAAACCCUUUUCAUUUUCUAUUCACACAUCAACCCAUUUGCCAAACCCUGCAAACAGUCCCUUUUCCAAGUCUCUCACUUUUCAGCUUCUUCUUCAAACCCAUAUCAUUCUUCACCUAAUCCUUCCUACCCGUCUCGGCGCCACGACGAGGAGAGCCGGAAUGUGAGGGUCUCGGUGUGGUGGGACUUCGAGAAUUGCUCAUUACCGGCCGGUGCAAAUGCUUUCAGAGUUGCUCAGAGCAUUACGGCCGCUAUUAGGGGUUGUAGGAUAAGGGGUCCGAUUCAAAUUACGGCUUUUGGGGAUGUAAUGCAGCUUUCGAGGGCAAACCAGGAGGCUCUAUCGUCGACUGGGAUCAAUCUCAUUCACAUUCCUCAUGGUGGAAAGAAUGGUGCAGAUAGGUCUCUUCUUGCAGAUCUUAUGUAUUGGAUUUCUCAAAAUCCUCCUCCUGCACAUCUUUUCUUAAUUUCUGGUGACAGAGAUUUCGCUAGCAUUUUGCACCGCUUAAGAAUGAACAAUUACAAUAUUUUGCUUGCUGGUCCAGAAAAUGCUCCUGGUGUUCUUUGCAGUGCUGCAAGUAUCAUGUGGCAAUGGAAUGCUUUGGUCAGAGGAGAAAACCUUAAUGGAAAGCAUUUUAACCAACCUCCAGAUGGUCCCUAUGGUUCUUGGUAUGGCCAUUAUUCGGCACCUCUUGCAGACCCUUUUGCGGUUACGGAGCACCUAUCUUGUUUCCAGGUUGAAGAGUUGUCUGACUCCAGUUCAGAUCCUAAGCUUCGUCAGAUUCCAAAGGUAGUUGUGAAGCACAUUCGCCAUAUAUUGGAUUCACAUCCCAAAGGAAUCUUUAUUACAGACCUUCGUGCCGAGUUAGCGAAGAGUAAUGUGAGUUUAGAUAAAGACCUGUAUGGGUAUAAAAAGUUCUCUCGUUUUCUUCUAGCAAUUCCCCAUAUUUUGAAGCUUCAUUCAGGCGGUGAUGGCAAGUUUUUUGUACGUGGGGUUGCCCCAGAAGUCCCCGACCAAGUUGAGUCCACUCCUGGCAUGCCUACAGGGCCUGUUACUGAUAAUGGGGAGCCAGAUAUCAUUGUUACUCCUAAGUUAAAUGCUGAAGACACUUCCUGCACUGGAGGUGUGGGGAAGACUAAAUCAUUGCCUCUGACAGUUGAAGAUCCUCCAAAAAAAUUGCAAGUACCAACAACAAAAGUACAAGAACCCAAAGCAAGAGUGCAAGAACCGCCUGAAAAAGUGCAAGAGCCACCAAAAACAGUGCAAGAAACCGCACCACUUGGUGAGGUUAUAAAUUACGCCAAAGCAGCUGAGGAUCAUUCGCAUCCUGUGCAGGAACAUGAUUCUCUACCUAAAGUGGGAUUUGUCAAAAGGAUCUGGAGGAUAUUUUUUCGUGGUAGAUACGAUGUUUCUGAUAAGAAAAGUGGUAGUCAACCAGAAAAUUGUUCUGCUGAAAAGAUGAGAACUGGAGAAAAAUGUGUCAAUUCUGCAAGUCAGUCCGCUGAGUCAAUAGGAGCUGCUUCAUUUUCUUCUGUCAGUAAUGCCUCAGUUAUGGAUGAAAAAAUUAAUGUGGAAACUAGUUGUGACAAAUCUAUUAGGAGUCCCAUUUUUCGUAACCAGAUUUGGAGCAGUUGUAAAUUUUGGAAAACUACUUCUGACUCUAAUCAUUCAGAUGAGCAUUACAGAGAACAUGUGAACCAAACAGAAAGUGAUUCUCAGAAGCUUGAAGUAUUUUCAAAGGAAUCUUUUUGGAAUGACUUGGAGGCAUUUAUGGAUACACCUGAAGGAUCAGACCUUUUCUUGCAAUCAAAGACCAGGUGCACAUUUUUGAUUUUAUUCUAUCUUUCAGUUCCUCUUGCUGAAUUGAAAGAUAUGUUUGACUGGGACAUCAGUCAUGCUUCUAAACAAGGAGUAAUAGAAACUAGUCAUCAUGGUGACUUAGUGCUGCUUUGA